AUGGUAUUUAAUGAAAUUGAGUGGGUGGGAUGCAAUGAAAGCUUGAGAUUUUAUUAUGACAAGGAACCCAUAUCAUACACACAUAAUAAAUGGAGUAAUGUUGCCUAUCAUCGACACCUUGCUAAUAAAAACUGUCGAUCUCUUGUAUAUAGUGGAGAUCUAGACAUGUCCGUUUCCUAUUUGAGUACGUUGAAAUGGAUUGAAUCGCUAAAUUUAUUAGUCAAUAAUGAUUGGGGACCUUGGUUUGUCGAUGGACAAGUAGCCGGCUACACUAUGAAAUAUUUACAUAAUGACUACAACUUAACAUUUGCUACUAUAAAGGGAGGAGGUCACAUUGCUCCGGAUUAUAAACCAAAUGAAUGUUUAAUGAUGCUUAUGAGGUGGUUUCCAAUGACGCUUUGUAAGUGA